GGAUAUUUCUCGGUGAGCCAACGGGUUUAUUUGAAGACUCUCUUUGUUCUCUGAGGGUUUCAAAAUUUAAUCGUCCAAAUUUCGAGUAUUUAAAAAACGAAGCCUGUGAAACGUUUGGCCUUGGUGCAAUGGAUACAGAGAAUAAACUGAAUUCAAACGAUGUUGAAUAUUUGAAGGUACCAAAGGUAAGAUUUUUUCCUCGCCUGGUAUAUCUCUCAGCGAUGACGUGACAAAGCUAAAGAAAUCGCUUACCAGCUGAAUGAAAUUAUUGGCUUUUACUUACAUUUAUAAGAACAAUUUUCCAAUUUUAGCAGUCAUAUAUUGGGUCAUACAAGUAGCUUAGUAAUUUUUCGAAAGAUGCAUAUCACUGAAGGCAAUAUAUAUAUAUAUAUAUGUAUUUUUUUUUAAUUGGGUUAAAUUUUUAUACUGGUCAUUUGAAUAAGAACCCUUUUCGAGGUUGUGGCGAUUAUUUCGAGACGAAAAUCGCGCAAGUUAACUCGUACACCUCCUUUAAAGAGUUUCUAGUUAAACAUUUAGGUGUAGAGGGAAUCGUUGUGUAAUGGACUAGUUGUAAACCGUGGGACGAAUUGCAUAAUUUUAUUGUCAUCCAGUGAACCAUGGUCAUUUCGAAACUUCAAGCUAAAGUGUGAAGAUACAACAUGUGAAAUAAACAAGAAAAUUUCCGGUAAAAGGAGGAUAUUUAUAUGUUUUAUAUAAGGGUGAUUGUCAAUUUUUAUCAGUCUGAUUUUUCUACAGUGCUUCUUUACAAUUUGUAGCGUUUCGCUUGCAUACCAUUCUAAUGUUCAAUUCCAAUGAAGGGUAUAACAUUUUCUCAAUGUAUAAUCUUCAGUGAUCAAUUUUGUAUUAAUGUUGUCUAUUGUGCAGACAAGUUUGCAGAAGAAGUACUCUUGGAAGUACAUUAUAUCAUUCGGUACUUCUCUACACUGAAAUCCCAACAUGCUGCACAGUGAACCUUGAAGGACCUUCAAUAUAAUCAAAACAACUGAUUCACUUUAAAAAAAUUUAUGUGGAUGACAAAAAUCAGUCAUCUGUGGAUACUGAGUACCUCCAAAAAUCUUUUGUAAAUGAAUUGAUAGGCUUGUUGCUUUCAUUAACCUUUUUAUUACAUCUCGACACAGUUACUUUAUCAAUAUUUGCAAACUAGAAUGAAAUGUUAUGUAAUAUAUAUCUGUAACUACCAUGUUAAACGAUUCUUGCUCUUCUGUUGAUAUAUUAAUCAAGGGGAAUGUUGUUUUGACCAUGAUAUUUCUACCCUGAUACAUCCAUCUUGGGGUCAUAAAGAAAACAAAGAUAAACUUGACAUCAAAAUAUGCAGUACAGUUAGCACAAGACAUACCAACAUCACUUUUUGUGAUACAAGGAUAAUUUGCUGAAAAAUGUUCAUGAGGCAUCCAUCAACAACACUGGCUGAAAAAGUUUUGUGACUCUAUCUUUUUUAUGUGGCACUGUGUAAAUUUGAUAUUAAUGAAUUAUUUGAGUGAGGUGCAUAAGUUUUGUUUACUCAGUGUAUAUGAUCAGAGUUCUUUUCCCAUGUUAUUCCAUAUCUUGGUUAUCACAUCUGUAGAUGUUGUUCCUAUAUGUUUACUUACUUUAAAUUAGGUGUAAAAGUAGAGUAAAUGUUCAGAUCUUAACUGCAAAUAUCCCUAAGAAAGUCAAACGAUUAUGAAUGAAAUCCACAGACCAUUAGAGUAAUAAUAUUGGUAGAAAAAGUCAGGGAGCAUGUGGAAGGUGAAGAAUGAAAUAACAAUGAAUAUAUCGUCUUGAUUUACUUCCAACAUAAUUUGUUUUGUGGCUGAUGAUUUUAUCCCAAUAUAGGAAGGCAGGGUCAAGAGUGCUCCUAAGGAAGCCAUAGAAUUGAAUAUGCCUUACCCCUCUCACCCAUUUGACCAAAACUCUGUGGGAAUUGACACUCCUGAUGGCUCAAAGGCAUUCAAGAGAGAUACUGCAAACAGGUAGCUCCAUUUUCUGGUUUUAUUCUGGUAUUAAUGUAACUAUGAAUUGUUUGGGAUUAUACAAUUUGUCCAGGGUAGAGUAUAGUACCAGUGGUUGGGGGUGGAGGGGGGAAUUAGGUCAAUAUUUGUCCUGUCAGAACCUCUAUCCCAAUAUUGUUUAUUCUGUGGCCAAUUAUAGACCCUAUCUUAGUCAGUUUAAGGAAAAUGUAAUUUUCUUGAUUCCAUUAUAUUGUAGUCACUUUCUGUUUAUGCUUUUACAACAGCAUGCAAUAUGGUAAAAACUUUUUACUGCAAACAUUCCCAUUGUUAUAUCCCUAUUUACUCAAUUUUCUUAUCCCAAAAAUCUAACCUUUUGUUUCAGAGUUUUUGUGAAUAGAAGUCUUAGUUUAGACAAGAUCAAAUUCUUUGGCUUUGAUAUGGACUAUACUCUAGCAGGUAUGACUUGAUCAGUUUGUUACAUGCUAUAAGGUAAAAUUGGAACAAUUUUUCGGAAGACCAAUGAUUUACUACUUGCUUAUGUCUUUUGAGGUGGGUACACCCAAUCUAUUGGCAUCCAGUUGUUUCAUUCCCACAAUCAUUUUGUACCUAGUUGUUUCAAACCCAAAUGUAGUCAGUUCAUAUCCAUGUUUGAGUUGGUUCAUACCCAAAGCACUCGUUGAUUUGUACCCAUACUGCUGAUCAAUUCAUACAAUAAGAAAGCAAGAACAACUUAGUGAUUGGAACAACUUAGUGAUUGCCUGGCACAAGGAAAACAUGAUACUUUUAAAAGAAAAGCCUCUUUUUUAUACUUGUGACUUUUGAACUAUAAAAGUUCCUGUAAGUGUAAUAUUUUUUCUCUCAUUGUUAUCAACAGUAAUUCUAAUGUUAAUGUUAAUUUUAACAAAGGUUUCACUUUCACUUGGUGCUUGUACUUCAAAAUGGACUCCAUGUUAACAAAAUUUAUUUAAGGCUGGUAAUAUUGCUAUUCACAAUAAGAAAUAGGCCUUACUUUAAACAUACUUUUAUGGAAAACUUACUUUAUUAGUUUUGGUACAAAACAGCCAAGCUGUGUACAAAAUGACUGGGUAUGAAAUGACUAUGAGUACAAUACAACUGGUAGUCAUUAUAAAACAUGCAGAUUAACUCUUGAUUAAAAUUUCUUGCAGUGUAUAAAUCCCCUGUCUAUGAAAAGAAAGCCUUUGAUUUAAUUUGUGAAAGGUUAGCCUCCAUUGGCUACCCAAAGGUAUCUUGAUUUUCAUCAAAGUUUUGUUUUUUAACGAGUAACAGACUAUGCAAUUAUCAAAGAUUGAUAAUUAAUAACUGAUGGAAGACUUUGAAAUUAUGAAUAGCUGUUAAUUUGCUAAUUCUUCUUUUGGCACCCUAAGUUGUUGUUGCUUUGUCCCUUAAAUGAACUGUGUAAAAAGAAAUACCCCUAAUCCUUCUUUAACUCCUAACACCCAAACAUCAGUAUUUAUAUUCUCCAUACUGUUCUCUGUAAAUUUACUAAGGUGCUGAAAAAGAGAAUUUGUCUAACAAUCAAGAGUCUCUUUAGUUGGUGAUCACUUCCUUUAUCAUCCAGUUCUUUAGAAUUCCAAAGCUCUCUUACUAGAAGCCACAGAAUUAAUGCACAUAAUACUCACAUAGUAGUAAAUCAUUAUACUAGGUAACCCUUAAAGCCACCAGAAAUAAAUGAAGUAGGGAACCUUUCUUAUCAGUACCAAUACAUUAUUCAGCAAAAAUAUCAACUAGAGUUUGUUUUCUUGUUGUCAAAAUGAAUUCCCUCAAAUACCUUAUCAAAGAUACAAUGUGUAUAGGAUCUAGCAGAAAGACAUAAUCGUAACAAUCUACAUUGUAAAGUUAAUUCAUAAUAAUUGAGAGAAUGUAUAAUUUGUAAUUGAUGACAGGCCAAAUGUCAUUACUGAAUUUUUUAUUUUUAUUUAGGAUGUACUUAAAUUUGAAUACAAUGAUUCAUUCCCAGUCAGGUAUGUAUUUUAAUUAGCAUUCAAUAGAGACACUAUACAGUUCAUGUUUUCUUAAAAUUCCUAUUCAUUCUCUAAUUCAUUCCCUAAUUACAGAUUAAAUGUUUUCAUUGAGCCUUACAAUUAAUAGUCAGAAAUUACUGAAAAGAUAGAGUUUUCCUUCAGUAGUUAAAGAAAAAUGAAAUGGUUAAUUGAAGUUUAUUUUACAACAAAAUUCUAUUGAUUUCAUCUGAAAAUGUACUCUAAUCUUUCUUUUGUAGGGGUCUGUUUUUUGACUGUGAGCUAGGAAAUCUAUUAAAGGUGUGUGACUCUGGCGUACUGACAUUUGACAAGAAAAAUGUACAAGAGCCAGCAAAUUUUUAUUUUGUCAAAUGUAUACUUAAAGCUCAUAGAUAUGGGUGUCUAAUAAAUCUUGAGGUGCAGAAGAAAUGUUAUAAAAUUUUUAAAUGUUAAUAGGUCCUAAUAAGAGGGUGGCAAAGGCAGGGGGGGGUCCUGAUCUGGUUUCAGGCACAAAUUUAGAAAAAUUAUGAUGUCACAUAUAAUUAAAACAAUAUUUGACUUCAAAUUUCUCUUCUUGUGUGCAAGGUUUCAGGAAAAUCUUGAGGUUAUCACCAACUGAAAGAAAAAAUCAUGGGUUAUGUAUAUUUGAGGAGGCAAAUCUUACCUCACACUGGUUCAUAAUUUUACAAAUCACACUCAACAUUUUGUAAAAUUGAUAGAUCACAUAUUAAUUUUGGCCUUGAUCACACACCAUGUAAACCUUUUGCCAUCCUCUUAUAAUAGUUAUGUCUUUCAUUGACUCUCACUUGGCUGAAAGGAAUCAGAAAAAAACUAUUUCCUUAUACAUAUUGUUUGUUGGUGUGGGCUUGGACAUCUCUGGGAACCAUAUGAUUUCAUCCUUGUAGUAGUUUAAAAAUAAUCCUAAUGAGUUUUCUUUGAUUUGUAGGUUGACACCUAUGGAAACAUUCUUGUUUGUGUGCAUGGUUUAAAGUUCUUAAGUGGGUAUGUUGACAUUCACUUAAAUUUUAAUUUUUACCAAUUUUUUUCUAACACUCAAUCAUCUCUAUACAACUUGUAUAUUCACCUUCACUAAAUGUAUCCAUAUAAUUAUAUUUUAGUUGAUACGAUGCAAAUUGUCCUUUUGAUUGGUUUACUCUGUAUUACAAAUUUAUGUAUAUCUGAUUUAGAGUUCUGUUUUUUUCAAAAGUAAUUCUUUUAAUUUGUAUUUACAGUUAUGAAGUGAGGAAAUUGUACCCAAAUAAGUUUGUCCAGGUAAUUUAACUUACAUUUUCUAUCAAUUAGUUCAUUUAAUUUUUCUCAAAUUUUGACAAAAAUUACUUAAUAUUUUCUUUGGUUGUAAGCUAGUUACUUAUGAUGAGUUUUAUUACAGUGUCCGCUAUAUUUUUUUUCCAUCCCUUCUACCUUCUAUUAUUAGCCCCAUGUACAACCUAUAAGUGUGUUCAAGCAUUCAUCUAUUAAAAGAACAGAACUAUUUUUCUAAAGGAAAGUUAUUGCUUAGUUCACACAAAGUUAUCAUGGUUUUCCAUCACCAUUCAAUUUUACAUGAAAAAUUGAACCCUUGAAGAGCUAGAGCCAUAAGAUAAAUGUGUAUAUGACUACACUUAGGAUAUGUACAUGUGGAUACAAUCUAAUAUUAAAUGACCCCAAAGAGAUAUAAGUUAUUAAUAACAGUUUAUAUUAGCAGUGCUUGAGAUAGGGUUUUUUUCUUUUUUUUGACUUCUUGAUGUGCUUUCUGUAGAAUUUCCAAAUUUGUGAGAAUUUGAAGUUAUUCAGUAAUGAAUACUUUACUUUUAUCUACAGUCUGACUCUUCAAGAUAUUUCAUAUUGAAUACAUUGUUCAACUUGCCAGGUAAAUGGAAUGUUUAUCAUUUAACACACUGAUCUAAAUUAAAGAACUCGCAUUGUAACAACAAAUUUCUUUAUUUGGAAAGUUACUCAGUCGGUGAUACUGACAAUUCAUUAUCUCCAUGCAGGUUAAAGGUGUUUUAACUGUACUUGGACAAAAAUUAAUUUUUCCUUUUUUCCCCUGUAAUCAAUGGCAGAAACACAUUUGCUAGCCUGUUUAGUGGAUUACUUUGACAACUGUCCUGGUUAUCAACGGUGAGACAAAAACCAACAUAAUUAUGUAUUUGAUUAACUAAAUGAUAACCUUUUUUUUUUUUAGCCAACAAACAAACAAAUUUGUAUGUCUAUCAACCCUGUAUAAAACCAUCAAAUACACAUACAUGCAGGUCUUAUUGUGUUGCAGUGUCGAAUUGUUUUAAAAAUUUUUGUUAUAGUAGUACCAUUUACUUUAUGAAUUUCUCUAUCCAGACUGUUAGAUAUUAAGUUAUAAGUAUGGGGUUAAUUCAUACAUUUCUCCAAUACUUCAUCCUGCACAGGACAAAUCAUGGUGUAAUUAGCUCUGACCAGUUGCUUUUGACCUACAAAAGCAUUCAUCAAGACAUCAGAGCAGCAGUAGACUGGGUACACUUAAAGGUAAUUUGUAACAUACUACCUGUUUAAGUGAGCCCCAACUGACACACAAAUUUGAGACCUUAAGUUGGUGACUUGUGUCAAUGUGUUAACAUCAAGAUUACAAAAUUAUGUGUCAUAAGGAUUUGCACUGCUGUUGUAGGAAAGUUUACCUGUCAAUGGAAUUUUUAACAAGUUUCUCCUCAUAAAAUAUGUUGCAGUUCCUACCCAGGGAAUACUCCUAUGUUGAUAAAGGCACAGUGAAAUUUGGAAGAAGUUUAGUGCCUGAUAACACAGGUUACACAGCAUUUGCUAUGAUGGGACACCAAAAAACCUGUUGGCUAAAUGUAGCCAGUUAAUUCAUGUUUCAUCAUGUUAAUGUACAAAAAUUGAUGUAGUGGAGAUUAAUCUUAACACUCUCUGGCAACUAUGACAUGAUUUGCAAUUGUUUAUUUUAUUUUUCUUUUAGGGCACAUUGAAGCAAUUAACUGUAGACAAUCUUGAGACUUAUGUUAUUAAAGAGGUCAGUUCUUAAUUUGCUGUCAGUGCACUGAUAUAAUUUUGUUCCAUUCAGUUACUUCUUUAAGCUCAAAGAAAAAAUAAGAUCCUUUAAUCUAUGAGAGUUGAAAUCACUGGUAUGGAGUUGUAUCAAAAAUCCCUGCAUAAUAAAAGUUGAAAAAGCUAGACUGAGGUCUGUCUGUAUAUAACGUCAACCCCUCUGUUUGUUGAUGAAUAGUCAUAAAUGGUUCAAUUCACUGCCAAGAGUAUCAAACCAAUGUUAAACAUCAUUUAGUUCUGUUGUUUUCAAAUCCUUUGCUUGGUAGUAUUUUUGCUGUGUAUCUGUGUAAAGGAUUCCAGUUGCCAUUAUAAGUUUAUGGUGCCCACUCACAGGUAACUUGUCCCGGGCUUGUUAUGAUUUGUUAAUUCCUUUAGUAUCAAAACAAAGUUAAAACUUCACAUUAAUUUGUAAAUUUGUCUUUGUUUCUUGCAGCCUAAACUACCAAAAUUACUGACUAGGUAUGUUCUCUUUUUUAACCUAUUUUAACUCUUUUGACAAUAUCUCUUCAGGUUAGUGUUGAGCAGAAAUAUUGUUGAAGGAAUAUUGUUGUUUACUAAUUUUGUUGUUUGUUUUCAAUUAUUUUUUUUUCUUUUUUCCAUCACAGAAUGAGGCAAAGUAACCGCAAAACAUUCAUUCUUACAAACAGUGACUUCUUAUACACAGAUGUAAGUUACCUUGGAUUCUUAAAAAUUAUUGAUAUAAGUAGUUUAUUUAAUUUAUUUUCUUUGGCUUUGUUUCAAAGUAAUAUAAAGAUUAUUGUUUAAACUGAUCUCUCUUUUUUUGCCCACUGCAGAAAAUCAUGUCCUUCUUGUUAAAUGAAACUGAUGAGGUAUUCCAUAUUGUUUUAGAAAUGUACUGUUUCUUAUUCAAAGUAGUAACCUGCAGAAAAUGCCAGUUUUUUGCUAGUUCUCAUGUAUAUAAUAUGUCUUGUAUUUCAGUCAGGAAAGACUAUCAAGAAGUGGACAUCUUAUUUUGAUUAUGUUGGUGUAGAUGCUAGAAAACCACUCUUUUUCGGAGAAGGUAGGGAGAGUAUGCUAUUACAAAUUAAUUUUAUACCGCAUGUUGAUGUAGUCUCAUGUUGUAGGUGUGUUGGUGCAACUAUGGUCCUUUGUAGACCUAAUCUGUUAUAUGUGUUAAAACAAGGAAUAAAAUGUUAUACUAUUUGUUUUAUAAUAUACCUUAAACCCCCUAACUCCCAGUCAUAUCAAAUUUUUCAUUCUCCUCACUGUCAACCAUACAAUUCUUUGAAUGUUAGAUCAUAGAGUUUAGUAUUGGAUCAACUUAUUAUCCUCAAAUUGAUAUUUUUCUUUAUUCUCAUCAAUUGUCUGGUUGGUGUUGUAUUGAUCUUGUAAGGAGAAAUUCUGUCUUGGUCACUCAUGGGUAUUGAAGGGUUAAAUGUUAGUGUACAGUUCAAUAGUGGUUAUUUUGUGGGAAAUAGACUGGUAAAAUGUAAAUUAAAAUUUGUUUAUGCCAUGUAAGGGAACUGCUCUUUUUCAAUCUCCUCAUUGAACACUUGUUUGAUAAGCUACAUGGACAAUUAUGCCUGACAUGAAUAAUCAAUGUGUCACAUAUCUGUUAGUUUCCACAUAGUAAAGCGUUGUUUUCAGUUACAUAUGCUUCUUUUUUAUUGCAAAUUUACAAGCAUUUCUCUUUUUUACCACCUUCAGGUACAGCACUGAGAAGGGUUGACACGGUGAGGGCUAUGCUCUUCUGUCUUACUUUGCCCUUAUCAUUAGUAUAUUAGCUAUAAGUGAUUAGAAUAUUAUUAUUGAUCUUAUCAUUCUCGACUUUACUAUCAUUAUUUUUGUUAACAGUGUAAUUUUUUAGAGAAAUAGAUUUUUGCCCAGUAAACUUAGACAUGUUAUUUCAAAUCAUUUUAAAACAUGUUUGAAUUUGCAUUGAUCAUAAACGCCUAUUUUGUAAUCCUUAUUUCACUGUUGGAACUAAUUUUUGCAGGAGACUGGGGCUCUUAGCAUUGGAAGAUAUUCUGGUGAACUAAAGGAGGGACAAGUGUUCUCUGGAGGUAAGGCACAACCUGUAGAGGGCAGCAUACAUUUAUUGUUGUCAUUUCUCUUUACUGUUAAUCUUGCAUGAGGUGCACACCUUCUUCUACCCUAACAAUUGGCACUUAACAGACCACAAAUUUCUUAACCACCUUUUGUCUUCUUCUAGGUUCUUCUGAUGUGUUUUGUAACCUUCUAGGGGCAGAGGGAAAGGUAAGCAGACUAUCUAGUGUGAUUUUAUUCCAAUUUAUGUCAUGUUUUAAUGACAAGAAUUUCUUUUCUGUCAGGACAUUCUGUACAUUGGAGACCACAUUUUUGGUGACAUCCUCAAGUCCAAGAAAAAGCAAGGAUGGAGGUGAACUGAAAAUAAGCAUAUUUUAAAUUGUUUAUGCGUGUGUGUGUGCUACACAUAAUUAUAUAUGAGGAAUUGGACAAAUGUUUAUCCUGGUGGCAGAGCCAAAGACUUGGAUUUUUAUACAAUACUUUUUUGAAAAUUUAAGUAAUGAAGAAAAGAAAAGAAAAGACAAUUAAGUUCCAAGAUUGCAAUAACAAACAAUUAAGAAAAAAAUUAAGGAAAAGUACAAGAAUAAACAAUUAGCUCCACUUUCAAUUCUGAUAACUUUCUGUUCUCCUCUGACAUUCCUUCCCCCCCCACACAUCCCUAGGGCUUCUACUUUUUAUUUAUGUUAACAUUGAAUCCUGUCUAUUUAUUCACUGUUUUUGUCUUAACUUUUAGAACAUACCUCGUGAUUCCAGAACUGACUAAAGAACUCGAGGUGUGGCAAUCUAGACAAGGUUUGUCAGUUUUGAUUACCCAGGCUUUUCACUUACAUAUAUCUUUGGUGCCAAAAGACAUCCAGUCCUAAAUGAAAAAGAACAUUAACAAUAACAUAAAAAAAUUUGGGGGGGAGGGGCACAGGCUCUUAUUAGAGAGGAGUGCUGAUUAUAGAGGGGAAGGGGGCUUAUUGGAAACCUGAGGAGACCAAUUAGAGUGUUUACUGUCAUAGAACUGUGUGGCAUGUCCUAAAAUACCGUUAAGAACCCAGUCUUCAACCGCUACUCCUUGCAGGUGUGCUAGAUAAUAACAUGUGGCUUGUUACUCCUUUUCAGAUGUUUUCACAAAGCUUCGUGAUCUUGACAUAGCACUAGCUGAUACAUACAAGUAAGUUUAGGAGGUGCUUUAAGCUGUCACAUUCAGUUAAGUGAUUGAAUAAAAGACAGGCUCGUUGUAAAAGGUUUGAAUGCUGUCAGUAUGGUUGUUAGUUCAGUGAGCCUUCAAGCUGAAUACAUGAGUGAGUUUCUGACUUUCAGAGGAAUCAUUUUCAACGUGAAUAAUGUUAAUUUAUCUUAGGAAUUUGGACUCGGCCGCGAUUGACAAACCAGAUAUAACAGAAAUAAAAACUUCCAUAAGGGUAAGUAAGCAUUUAAUAAAUGCAGUUGUGGAAAAAAAAAGAAUAGAAAGAAAAAAAAAGAAGAAAUUAUCAAAAAAUAAAGAUAAAGUGACAAAUACGUAUGUAAUUUUAGCAGCUUCGUAUCUAUUUAACGUGUCGUUUACACACUAUUUUGUCUUGUCAUCUUAAUUCAUUUAUUCCAGUUGUUACCUUAGCCUCUCUAUUGUAACUUAUGUAGUGUAAGUGUUUUAUUGUAAGAAAUGUGUUGUUAUUAUAUUAAAUUUUUUGGUCAUAACUUUUAGUAAAAAACGUUGUAAAAAUAAUAAUAAAUGUAGAAUGAAAAAAACAGAAUAUACUUGGAGGCUUCUUAUUUAAUUGUGGUGGUCCAAUGUUGGAGGGAGCUUUGUUAUUCUUUGUACAUCUCGAGUUUUUACUUAUCAGGAGGUAACGAACAUGAUGGAGACAUGUUACGGACAGAUGGGGAGUCUUUUCCGCAGCGGUAAGUCCAAACCUUUUCCAAUUCUCAUAGCUCAAGAGAGGAGGCAAGUGUUGGCGGAUCAUCCAAACCUAUACAUGUACUAAAAUUUGCCGAUUAUUUGAAUUGGAAUAAGUGUACGAUUCGUGCGAAUUAUUAUACACAGAAACGUACACAAUUGCCUGAUAGGUCUGGAUUUUCUGUGGCACUUAAGCUGCUGAGCAUGAACUUUCUCUCGCAGAAAAACAAACUACAACUAAAACAUUCCUGAGUUUCGAUCAGCUUUUAAUAUUUAACAAUAGAGUCAAACCUAAUGACUUUCCAUUUGUUCAUGGGUGGUAGAAGGUCCAACUUAAACCGCAUACACUGAAUGGCUACACACCCGAUGAUCUGAGGUUCGAUUCCUCAUAGGGACUCAGAAUUUGUUUUCCUUGUUCCACAUUCGUGACAAGACGAAAAAAAUAUUUCUCUACAUACUGAUAUGUUUUGAGAUAUUAAUUAUUUAGGCAACAGACCACACUUUCUAUCGCCUUACCGACGAAAUAACCCGCUUGGGUCAUUAUUGGGUCACGAAUCCAGUGUGCUGGACAGAGACCUCAAAACACUUUGAUCGGUGGUGAGCCAGUAUUCACUCGGCAGAGGAAGAAAAAUAGAUUAACAGACGAACCUGGAGAAACUCAAGAGCCGUCGUCUUCGACGGACUCAAGCUGAAUAGAUGAUCUCACUGGGCAUUAUCGGUAACGACAGACACCUGCCUGGACUGGACUGGACUGAACUGAACUGAAUCCGCUUGGGAUUUUGGGAGAACAUGUGGGUUUAUCCUCCCGAUAAACCGACAGGAAGUGUGGUCUGUUGCUUUAAUAAAACAAACUAAAGGAAAACAUUAUAUGUUUAAAUAUUCUAUGGGUUUACCGAUGCAAUAAACGGUAGGUUUAAUACCAAUCACUAGGUGCUCGUGGUGUCAGUUAUUUUGUAAAAUCUUGCAAUAAGGUACUAGUUAUCAACAGUGUGGUUUUAUAUCCCUUGGCUUGAAAGAUUAUUUCUUGUUUCAGCACUACUUUAAUGAAAUUUUCUGGAAAAUAUACACCGAAUAAGUAAGGCAUACUUUCACGACCGAAAUAAUGAACAUUAGGGUCUGGUGAAUCAUGCAGAGGGAAUCUCAGAGAAGAAUUGACGCUCCUUCGUUUUUGUGAGAGUCCCUUAUUUCCAAAUAAAAGAAGGCAUUGUCACCUUGAACUCGAAAUCUAAACAAGGCAUCUUGUAAUGAUAUACUCCGUGCUACACAUUUUCCUUUGCAACGUGUCAUCCACUUACUCGUGAUCAAAAGAAACAGUGGAAUGUUCAGAAAGCGGCGCCCCUUCCCUUCCCCCGUAUGGGGCGAGACCGUAGCGUUCAGUAGUAGGGCCUAUCCUGAGUCAAAUCCUAACUUAAUUCUACGAUCACCUCUCGGCUGCCAAUAAACGAAAAGAAGCUGCUCAUGGGAGUUGCAAUUCAUCUGGUCUGGAGGAGGUAUCUUAGACGACCGUAGAAUUAAGUGUAAGAUCGCAAAGCUGCUCUUUUGAAUUUUGAGAGUUUUACGAUAGUAAUGCAAAGGAUUGACGACUGUACUCAUCAAAAAAUCAUGAGGAGCAGAUGAACGUCAAGUUUAUGUCCUGCUACUACAACAUAUGUGGUGGUGAUCUGAAGUAGGAAUUCUUUUCCAGAGCGACUCUGACGGAUAGUUCAGGAAACGUGGGGAUAAUUGAUGGCUUAUUACAUGACAACGAAGGAAAGUUAUCCGGGAGAAACUGGUAAAUAGUACUUGCUCGGCGGCCAUCUUUGCCCAUGGCAUGGGAAACUUGUUCAUGAUUUUCCUCAAAUUUUGAUUGUUAUAGUAAGGAAUCGUGCUUAUAAAACGGGAUACAGUUAGUUUGAGACUCCUUAACUUGUCAAGUAUAAAAAUUAGAAAAAUCCGCCGGUAAUAUGUGGAGAAACGUCGCUAAACUUUGCCGCCAGCCAAGUUCCCAUCAUGGUUUUUUCAGGCAGUAUAGCUCUAAAUCUCAGUUAGAGGUUGUGAUCCUGGAGAAGUUGAAGUUGCAGAGAUACAAGUUCUUUGAAAAAUCAAAAACAUCACUUGUAGGCCUUGAACCGUUGAAGCCGAAUCACCACGACUUGGAUGCGAUCGACGUUCGUUUUAAACAACCGAACGUGUUGUACUUGAGAACUGAACUGCUACUUCAACGUCUUGAAUACUUAAAACCAUCAGGCUUGUUACCAAGACAGAAAAGAAAACUCAUUGAACGGUCUCCACCAGUUCUUGUUUUCACUGAAGACCACCAAAAUGAUAAGGUGAAUUAUCUUCGAGGAAUUAUUCGCACUCAAAAGGAAGGAGAAAUAGAGAAUGUCCACUUGUUGCAUCCUUGUUGGAGGAUGAUUUUAAUGCCAAAACGAGAACUCGAUAAUCGCUUGAAAUUUAUUACAGAAGAGCUUCGAAUGGCUAAAGAAUCGGCGUUGAAAAUGCUUUUGCAUUUACCUUGUUUUUUGCUUCAUGACACUAAAUCCUCUUCAGAGGCGUUUGUUGUCAUGCAUAAGUAUAAUCUUCCAAAGGGUUACAGCUUGGAUCAUCACACUGCUAAUAUCUACCCUCCCAUUUGUUCUGCCGACCUUGAUAUCAAUCCAAGGCUAUUCACCAGACAAUCUGAUGAAGAACUAGCCAAAAAGUUUCCAAAAUUGUCUCUUGGAGAAUUGCUGGAUUAUUCCUAUCCAACUCAUCAUGGAAAAGGAAAAACAGAGGAUCUGACUAAGUUUCUUACUGAAGCUGAAUACAGAGAACAAAGACCAAAAUACAACAGGAUUAUUUAAAUAACUGAUUGUAACUUGUAAUGUUCAUUUAAGUCUGUUAACUCCUUAUCAGCUGUACACUUUGUUGAUUUAAAGUUAUGAACACUUAUCUAUUUACAAUGGCAUCAAACUCCAGCUUUCAGAUGAGUUGUAUUUUGGAUAAUUAGUAACAAAGAUUUGGAAACACUCUUUAAAUUAAUGAUAGUGAUAUUCAGUAGAGGUAUUUCGGUGGAUUGUCAAAUCCACAGAAGUAAAGAGGAAACACUGUUGCCCACCACUGUUAAUGUCUCACUCAAUCUGUAGUGUAAUGGCUUGUGUAGCAUCAAAUCAUGACACAAAAUAAUGAUAAACAAUUGUGCAAGUUUGAAAGAAAGUAUUUCUGACCCAUUCAUGCACCUUUAGUUAUCUUUCUUAAUAAAAUUAACCACUUGUUCCAUUUGAACUGCCUUUGAACUCUUUCCAACAGUGGAAAUUUUUGUGCAGGGCCACUGUUACACCAGUUAGUUGGUAAAUGACCAUUGCACAUACUGAGCUAUACUAGUGUCAGAUCUCUGUGCCCUCCAGACCCUAUCACAGUCAAAAUUUGUAAAGAAUCACCCUUGUCAAUGGGAUAAAGCCUAGUAACAUUUUAAUGGGAUGCCCCCUUCCCUGGUCACAGAUGGGAGUCGAAACUAGAGUUUUGUAGUAGUCACAGGUCAUGUUUUCUUGUGUCUCUGUGAAUCAACUAAAUCAGUCAACAGCUGUACCAACCACCAACAACAUAGCACUUAUUAUAAGCACUUAAGUGCAAAAAAUUCUUCGCCCCCAAAUAAGUGUGAGCCCUUGAGCAACACCAGUUAGCCAGAGGUCUGCACCUGGUGUGGCACUGAUAAUGAGUUGCUAGAUCUCUUGAGACCUUGCCAGCUCACUUUGCCAAGGACAUUUAACUAACUUGCUGGUGAAGAAGCAAUUCAGCCACAGUACCUGCUUUCAGCCUAUUGAGAACAGAACAGAGAUAGUUUAUGAUGACGAUUUGUCGCAACUACUUCCAAGAGUUACUAAUUUAUCACCAACAAGAAGUUAUUAUUCUAUCAGUUAAGCAGCUUUUCAUGUUUACUUACUACUGUUACCACAUCCUCUCUUUUAGGUAACAGACAGACCUUCUUUGCCAGCCAAGCUACACGCUAUGCUGAUUUAUAUGCAGCCUCUUGUGUGAACCUGCUACACUAUCCCUUCAGUUAUCUCUUUAGAGCUCCACCACAACUGGUUAGUAAGAUAUUUUAUCUCAUCCAAAUCCAUUUUAAAGAUUUUGUUAAUGAUUACAUUCAACUUAGCUUUUACUUGGCAACCUCACUGCCAAAAUUAAAUGUUUCAAUAGGUUACAUUUUUGCUAUGGUUAGUUCUCUAUUUCUAGAGCUAUUCAUGCCAAAGUCAUCAAAUAAUAAUUCCCAAUUGCUGUGAUGAAGGGCUACCACUUGAACCAUCAGCCUUUAAACUCUUCACUGUGGCUAAUUUACGUUUUCAACUCAGUUGUCAACACUAAAUUACCCGUAAUCAAAUAAUAAUUGAGUCCAAUGCUGAUGACAUUUACUUGCUAUCAAACAAUGGAGAGUGACAGUCGAGUGAAAUCUUGCCUGAAAAAGUUAUGUGAAAUGUUUUGAUGUCAUCAAAGUACAGUACAGUAUGUACAGUAAGAUUCUAAUCAAUUGAGAAUGAUUUCACAUCACAGAUGCCACAUGAAUCCACAGUGGAGCAUACAGGAGAGCUGUUUGAACCUACAGAAAGCAGUGCCUUUGCCCCAAGGGGCUUCUCCUUCAGUGAGGACCACCCAUCAUCAUGUGCUUUAGACUUUCACAGGCAAAUCUCAAAGAAUUCCAGUGGAAGUGUGUGUAGGUGUGAUGAUGAUGAUGAUGAUUCUACUGAGUCAGAGAGUGAUGAAAGUACACAGGAGCCCAAAACUCCUGUUUACGAGGAAAAGAAUGGUGUGAGCCCCUUGGACAAGAUGUAAUGAGGAAUAAUAUCAUUAUGUUAUUAAAGAAGAAUUUGAAUUUGCUUGACAAUUUGAAGGGAGAUCAUGAAAUUAUUACUGUUGGUAAACUUUUCUAGUUUUAAUUUGAUGAAAAACUCUUGACAAAGCACUGCAAAGGCCAUGAUUGAUGGCAAAGAUAUAGAAAGUAAGCAAGCUUGAUGAAAGCAUCUUAUAUACCACAUUUUGCACAAGUCCAAUUUCUAUUUUAAACCAAGUAAAAUUGAUAUAGGCCUUACACACCUUUUAAUAUUUCAAAAAUGGCAGUUACUGCUAUGUAUAGAUAUCCACACCCAUUCAGUGAAUUUCACUGUUAUGCAUAUAAAUCCAAUGGGUAUGGUGGGUUUUAUAUAUCUUCAUAUAUUUUACACUUUGCAAGAUGGGAGAUUGUUCUAUUUUAAAUCACACAAGUGUUUUUACUUGGAUAUCAAGAUUAUAAACAUUGUUUUAAAAUUAUUGCAAUAUUUUUAUCAUCACUCUAUUUAUUUGUCAGUGAUUCUUGUUUCAUUUUUGCCAUAACAGCAAAAAUGUAAACCAAAAGGUUAUAUCUUUACUGAAAUUGAUAAAGCUGAAAUUUAUUAUCCAGGGAAAAGUCUCAAUCAUUCACAAUCGAAAUGGAAAAAGUUAAAAUAAGACCAUUUAAUCAGCCAUUUAAGUAAUUUCUCCACUUCUAGUCAAUUGUUUUCUUGAAAAAACACAGCUUAGUUUUUGCAGCCAUGUUGUUAGUUGCCUGUUACAUUAGGAUGUCUCUUUUGUGUUGACACAAAGGUAGAGAAAUUAAAAAAAUAAAAUAUUUAAGUGAUAGGGAUAAUUUUAGUAAUAUACUUUAUUCCCUGCAUAACAUUUUUUCAACACACAAACACCUCCACAACCUCUGUCAAUAAUAAUUGCCUGGCAAAAAAGAAAUUUAGAAAAUAAUGUAUUUCCCACUUUAAAUUUUGAAUGGAGUAAAUGCUUUGUACAUGGAAUAGCACAAUUUUUCAUGUUACAUUUCCUUAAAAGAUGUAUCAAAAAUAAAAUGAAGUUCUUGAAACUAAAGGUUUUACCAUCUUUGUAGUAUCAGCCAAGCUUCAGAUAAGUGUGUUACAAAUGUAUUUGGUGUUUAGUCAUUCUAGUAAUUUGGUGAUUUAUUUACUAUGAAAAUUGUGUAAUGUGGAUUUCAUUUGAUUGUAUUUAGUUUUUUCUUCCUUCAGAUUUUCUACUUUUUUCCUGAUUGCAGUUCAAAAAAUCAGCCAGUGCUAACCUAGUUUAAGUAACAUUAUGGUAGAUUUAGUAAAGCACUGCUUAAGUAUCUUUUCUAUCUUUCCUAUGAGAAAAUUAUUUUUGUUUCUCAGGGAAACACUUGGGUAACUAGGAGGAGAAUCUAUAGGCCACUCAGAAACCAUGUUGUGCUGUCUUUUUUCCUUGCACCCUUUUCAUUACUGAGUGAUGGUGGUCAUCAAUGGUAUAAAAGUGAUGUUGCUGCUGUGAAAAUUUCUUUGAAUUGAAAAAUAAAUAAAUAAAAAAUAAAAAAACAAAAAGUAGAAAAGAAAGACAGUGAUCAGUAAUUAGUAGAGUUGCAUGUUUAGUUCACAUACAAAUUUUGGUUAAUCAUGCAAAGAAGUAUCAUUCUAUUUUGUUUGGUAUCUUACAAAAAUUAUUCAUUAACAUGAAAUAUCAAAAUUAGCCACCCUUUAACAAAUAGAUUCCAAGUUGAUUGGUAUCUUACAAAAAUUAUUCAUUAACAUGAAAUAUCAAAAUUAGCUACCCUUUAACAAAUAGAUUCCAAAAUGUGGUAAAAACGUCAGUGACACACUUGGCUGCACCUCGUGUGCCACUUUUUUGUUCUUACCACAUUUUGAUGUCAUCUGUGAUCUAUUGCUGAACAGAUGCACAGCAACUUGGAAUCUAUUUGUUUUAUAUAAUAAAGAAUUAAAAAAGUUUUAAUAAUGUCAUCUAUACGUCUGUUCUCCAAUAGAUCAUAAGUGAGAACCAAUCAGAAUGCAUGCAUAACUGAGC